AUGGCAUCAUACAGCAACAGUUUUUCUAGUGAUGAUUCUGACGUGCCACUCGCAGAAAUUCUAACAAAACGCCAUUGGGCUGAUCCCAUCGGAAACCAACCGCGCCUUACGCCUUUCGUUGGUACACCGGGUUUCAAAAUAUUGAAUCAAACUUACGAAAAACCGGAAGAUAUUUAUUUUUUGUUCAUGAGUGAUGAAUUCUUCGAUCUUGUCGUUACAGAAACGAAUCGGUAUGCGCAACAAUGUCUAUCUAGACAAACAUCAUCUCGAUUAAAUGAAUGGAUAGCAACAGACAAAAACGAGAUAAAACGUUUUUUUGGACUUAUUAUGUGGAUGGGAAUUGUAAAGCUUCCAGAAAUAAGUUUGUAUUGGUCUAAAGAUCCAGCAUAUUCGCAGACUCUUCCACCUUCAAUAAUUUCAAGUAAUCGGUUUGAUUUUUUGCUACGAAUGUUGCAUUUUAACGACAAUGACAAGGAAAAUGUAAACGACCGUUUGCAUAAAAUUAAAACCGUCAUUGAUAUGUUGAAUGAAAAUUUUGAAAAGUAUUUUGAACCAGGCGAAAUUGUUUGUGUAGACGAAUCUCUGAUUCCUUUUCGAGGUCGCAUUGUCUUCAAACAAUAUAUAAAACAAAAAAGACAUAAGUACGGUAUUAAAAUAUUCAAAUUAUGUACAGCACCGGGAUACACGCUGGCCUUUAAAAUUUAUUGUGGGAAAACGGAUAUAGAGAAAACAACGCCUACCAAUGUUGUUCUGUCAUUGUGCAAAAGUAUAUUUGGUAAAGGUCAUACAAUAUGUACCGAUAAUUGGUACACCAGUAUCGAAUUAGCCAAAAAGCUAGUUGCUCAAAACACUCAUCUGGUUGGAACAAUACGAUCAAAUCGCCGUGGAAUUCCAAAAGACCUACUUUCAAAAAAAUUAAAGCGAUAUGAAUAUAUAGCUAAGGAAAGCAAUGAUGGUUUGACAAUACUGAAAUGGAAGGACAAGCGUGAUGUUCUUCUAUUAUCAACGAAACACUCUAAUGAAACUGUGGCUGUGCAGAAAAGGGGGAAUAUUGUUACAAAACCGAAGGUUAUUGUGAAUUAUAAUGAAGGGAAGUCUUCUGUAGAUAUCUCCGAUCAAAUGGCUUCAUAUUGCAGUCCUCUACGAAAAUCAGUAAAGUGGUAUAAAAAAAUUGUAUUUGAACUUUGCCUGAACACAGUUGUAGUGAAUUCAUGGAUUAUAUAUAACAGUCUUACCAACCGAAAAAUAACAAGCAUCGAAUUCCGAAAAAAGUUAGCAAUGAAUCUCAUGUCGUGUAAUAAUAAUAAUAAUUCUCCACGAAUUCGACAAAGAAGAAAUCGACACGAAAUUAAGAAAAAGGAAGGUCACUUUAAUUCGAUAAGAAGGCGCUGCAAAAUUUGUUAUGAAAGAAAUGUUAAAAAUUUAGGUUCCCAGUCGGCAAGAAACUGUGUUAAGUAUAUGCGUCCGGAAGCAUUGGCUGCCCUCGAUGAUGACACCAAGGUAGCGUGUUGCCAUGCAUGUCCUAAGGGAGUUGUUGCCAAUCCUUAUGUCAAUGCAUCGCUUUGCCUUUCUGCUCGUAAGAUGGGGGACCUCGCACUUAUCCUCAGCGAGUUCUAG